AUACUGCGAUUAUACUGCUUCAGGCAGAAGUCUGACUAGUGUUGAGGAAUUCAUAUCCUCCACCGUCUGUCCUACAUACGCGAACACUCACUCCAUGGCUUCGGCAACUGCUCGUCAAACGAUGCGUUACCGCGAAGACGCAAGGGAGGAGAUUCGUAAAUAUUUCAAUUGUACUGCCGAAGACUCCGUCAUCUUCUGUGGUGCUGGAGCUACGGCAGCUAUCGACAGGUUCAUUGGAAUCAUGUGCCACAGUCGAGUCUUUGCUACUGAUGCAUCUCCGAAAGGCCUCCGUCGGGCGGUCCGCUCAUCUCUAACAAACACAUUAGCUUUGAUCGUUGCCAUUCAGGUUUUGAUUGUAGAUCCGGCUGCUCAUCACAGCUCAUUACUCCCCUUCAGAGAGCUGGCUUCGAACUAUCCACUCAUCCGCCCAGCACCCACAGGUCAGAUCCAUGCAAAGGUCAUCAUGAAUCAUCCUUUGUUAGCUCUGGCGCCAUUUUUCAUGUGCUUCAAAGGUAACGAAUCCGCAGAUUUCGAAGUUGAACUCGAG